AUGAUGACAACUCCCAAAUCAAAUGAUUCAUUUUUAAAAUGGGAUCCUGCUCAAGUUUCAACAUAUAUUACAUCACUAAUAAAAGAUCGACUGGUUGGAUCUACUUUUUUGGAUAACAAUAUUGAUGGAUCAUUAUUACCUUUUAUUACAACUGAACAUUUAAAAGAAAUAGGAAUACAACCGUUGAGGAUACGACUACAGAUUAAAAAGGGAAUAAAUGAAUUGAUAGCAAGUCAUUACAAGAAAUAUCAACCUCAUGAAUUCAAUGAUCAAGAAUAUACAUUAAGUCAGAUUAAUAUAAAUAAUAAUCACAUAUCAUUAGAAUCAUUAAAUUUAUCAACAGUUUUAAUUCAAGAUCUGAUUAAAAAGUUUAGUAAAGACCUCAAAAAUCAAACUUAUGGGAUAGACUCACCCUUAUCACCAAACCAAAGUGAAAUGAAGAAAUUAAAUGAUAACUUUGUAAAAUUAAAAACCGAUUUGAUUCCCUUGAUAAGGUUAAUGAAAGAUACAAAACCACUACCUACACCAACAUUAGAUCCAGGACCAGCAUCAUCAAUUGAUUCACCAUUAAAUAAUUCCCCAUUAUAUGAAGAAGAACCAGCGAUAUCAAGAAGUGGAAGUUUACAAAGAAAUAACAGUAACAAUAGAAUUUCAACCAAUGUAUCAAGUCCAUCAUCAAAUAGAUUUUCUUCUGGAAGUUUACUAUCUAUGGGAACAGGUAAAAUUAUAUCCCAAUCAGUUUCAAAAUAUUCAGAUGGUAAGAAUUCAUCAGAUUUUAAAUUACAAAAAGUUGAUCUAUCAAAAAAUGCAAAUAGUGAACCAGUAAGGCCAAAAUUAAAUGAAUAUCCAUCAAGUGGAACUACUACAACUAGAUCGAAUCAUAGUCCAUAUGGACAAGCACUACAACAACCUGCUCCGAUAGCUGCAAAUUCAUCAAAUGAACCAUUGAAACAAUUAAGAGCAUCGACUGAUGAUUCAUGUUUGAAAAUUCUACAACAAGCAAUGAAGAGACAUCAUAUACCAAGAGAUGAUUGGUCUAAAUAUGUUUUAGUGAUAUGUUAUGGAGAUAAAGAAAGAAUAUUGAAAUUAGCUGAAAAGCCGGUUGUGGUUUUUAAAGAAUUACAAGAACUUGGUAAACAUCCAGCUAUAAUGUUAAGACAAUUAGCUGAUACUUCGGCGGCAAUAGAGAAUUCAGAUGGUUUAUUUGAAGAUUCAAGAAUAGGUUCAGACAUCCCCGGUGGAAUGUUAUAG